GUUGGGAUGUCCAGCUGGGCGCAUCUGUUCUACCAUAACUCCCUCCAAUCAAUGGAAGGACUGUGUGUGGAUGAGAAACAGAUUUACAUUAGUUUAUUCUGCUUCACUUGUUCUCUUCCUCACUUCCUCUUCACAUAAAGGAGAUCUGGACUUAGACAUGACCUUGUGGGCUAUCUGUCCAGUGUGUGUUUGGACCACAGAAGAUGACUGUUCAAGUCCUACACUGAGGGUUAUUCUGGGUGUCUAGGGAGGAAGUUCAGAAAGGUCCCAGAGUUUAACCUUGGACCUGAAGAAAGACCUAUUUCGGAAGGAUUCUUCUGAUCUUGUUGGCCAUGUCUCUCGUGUGACGUGGGUGUAACUGGUUUAUAAUGUGCACCCCUGGGGCCCUCUAGAGCUCGGUGAGUGACAGAAGUAGGCAAGAGGUUAUGUGUAGAAAACCAUGUGGUCGAUUGGCUAUUGCUAUACGCCUCUGUGGAAAAUCCUACAGAAAGACAAGUAUCGCACUACAAUUUGGAUUCCCUGUGAGUAGAGACGGAUCUCCAUGUGUCAGAAGGUGUGAUUGACAACACAGCCAACAUGGACCAACUGAAUAGGAAUGUUUUGGAGCAUCAUGGACGACAGACUCACCAACACCAGGUCUUACAGAGCACUCCACUGGACCUGAUUGAGACAGGCAAGUCACUGAGGUUCCAAGCUGAGCGCCCCCACCUGGUCAGUCUAGGUAGUGGACGUCUCAGCACAGCCAUCACGCUGCUACCUCUACAGGAAGGGCAGACUACCUUGGGCAGUGGAAAUACAGAUAUUUCCCUGCAGGGUCCUGGCAUUGCUGCCCAGCAUUGCUACAUCGAAAACAGGGCAGGGUGCAUCACCCUCAACCCCUGUGGCAAUCAGUGCUCUGUGGAUGGUCUUCCUGUCUCCAAGCCUGUACACCUUUCACAAGGGUGCAUGCUGUGCUUUGGUCAGUCAGCCUUUUUCCGCUUUAACCACCCAGAAGAGGCCCUCAGGAUGAAGAGCAUGCUGCCAGGUGGGAGCCAGGGGCCUGGGGCCUUCAAAACCCAUCAAACAGACUCCCACGCAACAGGCAAUGGGAGCCACCAGCCUUCCCCCCGUGAGAGGACCCGUUCAGGCUCUGGGCCCCACCCCAUCUCCAUGACCGGCAAUGUAGAGCGGGACCUUCAAGACAUCAUGGACUCCUUGGCAAUGGUCGAUCCCCAGUCCUCUGUGAAGAUGGCCCACCACCCCAUCCCACAGUCCCCCAUCUCCUCCACACUGAACGGGGUAGGGCGUCACCUUUUCUCCCCUCCAACUAGCCCCGGGGCCAUGUCCGUGGGAUCCAGCUAUGAGAACGCCUCCCCUCCCGGACCCUUAUCCCCGCUGUCCUCCCCUCUGUCGGUUGCCGGGAUUGGCGCAUUCCCAGGGCCUGUUUCUCCUUUGGUGCCUGCCCGCUCUUCCAGCCAUACCCCCACCACCCAGACCCCUGUCCCCCAGCCUCGGACCUCCCCCCCUGGUGUCUCCGGUGGCCCAGCUGGGGUGCAGAGGGUCUCGGAGAGCCCCAGGCCUCUGAGGAAGACCCAAGCAGAAGUUUCGCAGAGCCCGGCUGCUUCCCGUAGAGGCCUGGGUGGCCCAGAGACCCCCAGAGCGGUACACAGGACUUCCUACAUCCCCGUCUCCAGCGCCAGAAUAAACACUAAGUUCUCUGGAUCUCCAGCCUCCGCUGCUCCCUCCAGCCCAAGGGUCGGAGUGGGGGACUCAGGCUCUCGUCCGCCCAGCCCCCAGCUCUUCUCCAUGGGUCAGUCCCACACAGACAGCCUUCAGCAGACACGCAUGACCCCUGAACCUUUCGGACCUUCCUGUCUGAGGGACCUACCCCCUCCCAGUCCAUCAGUGUUGCGCAGAGGUGCUGCUCUAUCGCAGGGCUCCCUCCAAGAAAGGGGUCUGCGAGCCAGGAGUCCCUCACCCACCUCUGGGGGAGGGGGACAGCUGAGUGGCAACCUAGCCUCGGGCAGUCUUUCGGGGUCAGAGUCAGGAGCUGUUCCUUCUCCUCUCACUAGCCCCCGGGGUCAGAGGAAGAGGGCUGGAAGUGCCACCAGGGAACCAGCCGGAGCCUCAAGGGACCCCAGGGGGGGUGUACGGACCCGGGAACGCAAGAACAGCAUCUCUGAGAUCAAUGACAACGAGGACGAGCUUCUGGAGUACCACCGCUGGCAGAGAGAGGAAAGGCUCCGUGAACAGGAGAUGGAGAAAUUGGAGCGACAGAGGCUGGAGACGAUCCUUAACCUGUGUGCGGAAUAUUCCAACACUCCCCAGAGUCUGGGGACUGAGACAGGAAGGACAACGGGUCAGUUCCCUGGACCAGGGGAAGGGGGUGCUAGAGAGAGAUCCAGUAUGCAGACUUGCAGCGAGGUCGCCCAGCGAGGAGGAGCGGCUCAGAGGCAGAGAGAGACUGACGACCAGAGAGAGGAGUCUAGCAGCACGGAGAGCACUCACCAGGAGCAGGAGGACUCUUCAGCCUUAGGCUUAGGUAUGGUUGGGCGUCAGGAGCAGCAGUACCUGGAGGAGGAGAGGACCAGGGUUCUGUCCAGGGUGGAUGACCUGAAACACAGAGUCACAGAGCUGGAGCAACAACUGCAGGAAUCCAGACAGGAAGCGGAGAUGGAGAGGGCUCUGCUGCAGGGAGAAAGGCAGGCGGAGCAGGAGCAGGUGGAGGCAGAGAUGGAGAUCAUAUCACACCUCCAGUCUAAACUCAGCCAACUAGACAGGGCCACGCAGUGGGAGAAAGACAAGGGGAGGGCUAAUGUGUCCACUGAGCGGCAGGUCCUGGAGAGACUUCGUAAUGGGUACAGUGAGUUGAAGAACCAGCUUCAUAACUGUCCUGAAUCCAUGAGGGAACAGUUGAAGGAGCAACUACGGAGGGAGGCUGAGGUUCUGGAGGUGGGGACCAAGCAAUUUGAGGACUUGGAGUUCCGUCAGCUGGAGAGAGAGAGUGGCCUGGAGGAAGAGAAGGAGACCCUCAGCAGACAGCUGGUCCUGGAGAGGGCUGAGUACCACCGCAGCGUGGCCAAGAGAAAAGAGAAGAUGGCUGUUCUGGAGGUGCAGGCCAAUCAGUUAGGGGUGCAGGCAGCCCAGGACUACGAACGGAUGGUCAAGGACAGGACCGUGGCCCUGCAGCUUCUUAAUAAAGAGAAAGAUAGGCUUUCUGCCCUGGAGAAAAGAUACCAAAAUCUGACUGGAGGCCGGAGUUUCUCCAAGCCCUGCAGCACCGGAAAGGAGGAAGUGCCGGUGCUACAUAUCAGCGAGCCUGAUCUAGUGCUGGUUGAUGAGGAGGUUGGCCCACCUCCACACCCUCCCUGCCCUCCUCCCGCCUCCUUCUCUUCCUCGUCCUCCUCCUCUUACUCCCCAGAUCUCUGUCCACCCAGGCCGCAGGAGGAAUAUCUAAGGCUCUGUGAUGUCUAUAAGAUGUAUGGGAGCGGUGUUCCUGUCACGAUCUACUCUACCACUGCGGCUUCUCACUGCCACCCUCACAUAGUUGCUUCAGCAGCUCUACCCAGCGAGGAAUAUGUGACCAUUAGUCAGUUAAGCCAGAUGUUGAGGAUGCAGGAAAUUGGCCCCUCCCCUGUACCUUCUAUCCAAUCAUUCCAACUUGCCCUUGCUGAACCUGCCUUCUCCUGCCACUCAACUCCAUAUGGCCACUCCCCCUCUCCGUUAGUUGAGAGCCAGCCUGAGUGGACUAGGCCUCACAACACAGUCCUUAACUUAGAACGCUGGUACCAGGACAUAAUGUCAGCAGGAGACCCCCACCAGCAAUCAGGCCCUCCUCCUCUCCCAGUUAAAACUCACUCCUCGCGCAGGCCUAGCCAGGUGUACCGGUCCAAACCAGAUGGCGAUGUAGGACAGACAGCGGCUAACUCUAUUUGUGUCAACGGCGCCGCCACUCCACCACAGUCCAAUGGGGUUACACUGGACCGAAGCACACCCACCAUGGGUCUACAGCUGGUCUCCAGGGAAAUGUCACUGUCAGGCCCUCCAGACAUUAUGAUGGACAACAAGAGACAUCUAUCUCUGCAGAGCAAAGGUCCAUCUCCAAUGGUCCACCACUCCAUCCUGCACCACCAGAUGCCCCCCGCAGGCGACCCGCAGUACGACACUCUCAGCCUAGAGAGUUCCGACAGCAUCGAGACCUCCGUCUCCACCGGCAACAACUCCGCCUGUUCUCCAGAAAGUGGCAGUGGACUGGAGGCCCUGCGGAUUGAAGAGAUGGAGAAGAUGCUAAAGGAGGCUCAGCAGGAGAAAGCCAGGCUGGUGGAGUGCCGGGAGAGGGAGGUGCAGGCGCGGCGGCAGAUGCUGGAGGAGGAGCGGAAGAGGCGCGAGGAGGCUGAGAGGAGGCUGCAGGACGAGACAAGCCACAGGCAGAGGCUGGUGGAGGAGGAGGUGAAGAUGAGAGAGAAGCACUUCUCCCAGGCCAGGCCCAUGACGCGCUACCUGCCCAUCAGGAAGGAAGAGUUUGACCUGCGUUCCCACGUUGAGUCGUCGGGUCACAGCGUGGACACAUGUCCCUAUGUAAUCCUCACCGAGAAGAUGUGCAAAGGGCACCUGGUCAAGAUGGGUGGAAAGAUCAAGUCGUGGAAAAAACGCUGGUUUGUCUUCGACCGUCUCAAGAGGAAUUUCUCCUACUAUGCUGACAAGCACGAGACCAAACUGAAAGGACUCAUCUAUUUCCAGGCUAUUGAGGAGGUUUACUACGACCACCUGCGCAGUGCCACUAAGAGCCCCAACCCAUCGCUGACCUUCUGUGUGAAGACUCACGACCGGCUCUACUUUAUGGUGGCCCCUUCUCCAGAGGCCAUGAGGAUCUGGAUGGAUGUCAUAGUAACCGGGGCUGAAGGAUACACCCAGUUCAUGACCUGAGGGACCAAGCUCACCGGGUGACAGACCUUACAACAUGGUGGUGUGCGCUAAAGCAUGUCAUGAAAAAAACAAAAACUGAAAAGAACAGAAAGUGAGCGUUCCUUUCUGGGCAAGUGUGAUUAGCCCCUCUCCAUUUGAGUUUGUUUUCUUCCAAAUGGUGCCUAAAAAACACUGGAGAGAAAGACUAGGGGCCUGCUGCAGCUGGAUGUCUAUCCACAGUUCUGCACUCGUCUGCUGUUGUUCAUGACUGCGUCUACUUUCCUGGCGUAUAGGCCUCUUCAACUUGCGCAGAUGGGACUCUUCCUCUUUGUGAUCGAUGAAGGAAAUCCAAUAUGGCUUUCCAGAGGUAUCAUUGGGAAUCACCCCAGUAAAGAUCAUAAAGGAAGGAAAGUUUCCAAUAUUGAAAAGGGAUUAUUUUUUUGUUGCCAGUCUGGUUAAAGUAUUUAUACUAUAGCAUUAAAGCCAGGCUAGCUGAACAAGAGUUUAUAUUACUAGUCUCUGGCUGUAUGAAAAGAACUCUAUAUAAAGAAAUAUCGGAGUUAUGGAAAAAUAGGAAAAGGAAAAAAAAAAUCCCUUUUGUUGCCAAACAUUUUUGAUUAACAGAGUAUGUAUAUGCACAAGUAUUGAGUAUGGAAAUAUUUAGUAGUUAAGUGAAUUGUCUAAUAUUUUAUUAAUUGUAAGUCAUCAUAUUAAUGGCAUUUUAUUUAGAUUACUCAUUCAGAUAAAAGCAAAAUUAUUGUGGCAGGUAUUAUAUGCUUUGUUUGUUUUUUAUAUUUUAUUGAAAAAAAUGUUUUGGGAAUAUCAUAAGCAUGCAAUUUUUUUAAACCAGUGUUAUAGAACACCAUCUUCUCCAUUUUACCUACAACACGAACAACAUGGUACUGACGGUUAUGUAACUCUCAAAAUAAACGCCUUUUAAAUAAAAGUUGCAUAUGCACAAUUACAAGUUGUUGAUUAU